CUAGAGUGACGGAGCUCUCGUUCAACCAGAAAACCGGUAUUUUGUUUUGUCAAUUUUCAGAACAAAUCUAUAUCAAUUUGACUUCAUUUUAACACAUUUGUAUUCUCUAAUUUAAGGAGAAUGAAUCGAGGCUGGCGAGGAAGAGGAAGACCUCCGCGGGGAGGCCAACGGGGCCGUGGAUUUCGAGGAGCCAACAACCGUGGUGGCGGCGGAUUCCCCCCUCAGCAUGCCCCUCGUGGGCGCGGUGCUUGCUUGGAUCUGCACGGUAUGGGCAGCGGGCCAGCAGUACCACAUCAUCUACCGAACCCUGCAGGACCCCGUGAUAUCCCUCCCCAUGAUAUUCCUCCCCAUGAACCUCAUCAUGGCCAUGUGGGUGGUGGUGUUGGUUCGAUGGAUAUUGGCAUGGCAGAUUUUCAGAGGACAAUCCCAAAUGACAUGAUGCUUCAAGACAUGGAACAAGACCCACCAGACUACCAGUGGCCCCCUCCUGACUACCAAUGGCCCCCUGGAGAUGGUCACGAUGCAAAUCCAGCACCAAUGGAGCAGCAUGGGAGGCAUAGACAACCAUCCCCGAUGCGUGAUCAAUCCAGUAGAGACGGGGCUGAUCACAGGAGGGGACCCCCUCCAGGCCCCGUCGAUAUGUUCCAGUCAGGUCCAGAAGAGUACCAAAGACGUUCACCUAUGAGGGAGAGCCGUCCAAGAGACCCAGAGAUCAGUAGUGGUGGAAAUAGGAGGUCUUUAUCUCCAAGACGUGAUAACUCUCACCAAUUGUCAGACGAAGCAAGUCUCAUGGGCAGACCAGGGCUUCCACCAACUCACACUGACCAACGUUUGACUGAUGAGAUUGCACAGCAGGCUGUUCCAACCAUGAAAGACACAGAGUCACUGCGUAUCACAAUUGGCAAUGAACGCUUCUUCGGAAAUAGGGGGCUUGGCCCUGAUCAGGGUGCACAACAAAACAUGUCUGCACUUGGAAGACUUGGACACAAAAUUGACCCGGCCCCACCAACUACCCAGACAUCUGCAGAUUAUGGACAAAAUCAGCGACAGUCAAGCCUGGAGAGAGAGCAGAGGUUCAGAGAGAGGUCUGAACCAGAUCCUGAACAUGUUCGCCGCAGUCGUAGCAACUCACUAGAAAAACCGGAUGCAUCCAUGAUGAGAUCUGCGAACAAAAGUAAGGAGAGGGAGAGAGAAAGUGACCAAAGAGGGAGUCGACACGAAAGAGGAAAUAGGGAAAGUAGAGAUCGUGACAAGGACAGGUCAUUUCAUGAUGACCAAAGAAAGGAAAGGGAGAAAGGUAGGGGUAGAGAUGCAGACACCGACCGUCGUGAUGACAAGGGAAAAGAAACGUCCAGACCUCGUGAUCCUCGGAAAGAUAAGGAAUUUUUGGCUGUACGGACGACUAAAUCAAGCCCCCUGCCUCCUAGUGAUGUUUCUCCACUGUAUCACUUUCUUGGAAAAAAUGACUCCAAAAAGCAAAGCAGUGAGAAUAGUGAAGGAAAGAAGCAAUCCAAAUCUCAGAAGCCGGGAAUACCUUUGCCAUCAAAAUCUCGGUUUACACAAUCUACAUCCCAAUCCUCCAACACUGUGGUAAGCUCAGCCCAGUCCAUACAGUGUGCACCUGAUGUUUCAGAACCGCCAAAGGCACUCCGAUCAAUUUUGAAAAAGUCUAUUCUAAAGAAGCCCAAAGUAAGUCAAGCAGAGAGUACAGUUACCCAAGAAGCUCCUAAACAACAGGCUCCCCUUUUCCCCAUUGGGCAGUCUCCCCCAGUUACUGCAUCCCAUUCUCCAGUGACUGUUCAGUCAUCAGUACCGGACAUCAAACCAGGGUGGAUUCCUGUAACUCGUCAGCCACAACAAAUGAGUGCUUCACACCAGCAAGAACAGAUUCUUGCACCAUGCCAGCCUGAACAAAUUCCUGCACCUAGUCUGCCAGAACAAGUUCUUGCACCACUUCAGCCAGAACCAAUGCAAACACAAGCUCCACAGGAACAAUUAUUUCAGCAGCCACAUCAGUUGCUCGCUCCUCCCCAACAUGAACAAUUGCCUAUGACUACUCAAGCCAUUCCAGAGCCAGAGCCACCCCAACAAAUUCUGAUGCAUGACCCUCGUCAAAAUGUGACUGGGACAUCCUUUCAACAACCAAUUUCUACUGCUCCACCCGAAUUAACACCCGACAAGAUCACAAACUUGCUGAGCAGUUUAACUGGGAUGUAUCAACCACCGGCCCCAGUUGUCACACCAGCAUUCUCUAGUAUAAGUCAGAGUUCUGAAUUACAAAUGUUUGCACAGCAGAUUGGUCAACAACCGCCUAUUUACUCUGCACCCAUACCUCAGAUGCUUCCACCACAACAAUCCUAUACAGAAAUGUCUCAGCAGAUGCAGCAGCAGUCCUAUUCUCCAGCGCCUCAACAGCAGCAACAGCAGUCAUAUCCUCCAGUGCCGCAACAGCAACAACAGCAGUUAUACCCCCCAGUGUCCAUGCAGGAGCAACAGUCGUCAUACCCUCCAGUGUCCAUGCAGCAGCUACAGCAGUCGUACCCUCCAGUGUCUAUGCAGCAGCAACAGCAGUCAUAUCCUCCUAUGUCCAUGCAGCAGCACUCUUAUCCCACAGUGUCCCAACCACUGCAACAGCCUUAUCCAGUGGCACCCCAGCAACAAUACAACAAUUCUCAGCAGCAGUCAAUACAGCAGCUGGCAUUGCAGUUGGCAGAGCAGUUAGUACAACAGCCUCCUCCCGUGCAGGCUGCGCCAACUCUUCCAUUGUCACAACCUCAACAGAUGUAUCCAGGAAUUCCUCCUCAAACAUACCAAGCGGUGUCCCAGGCCAAAAGUUCUGCAGCGCUGUCACUUGACAACAUUUCCACCAGUAAAAUCUGGGACUUGGCACACAACAUUGGUCAAACCGCUACAACGCCAUAUGUAAGCACCCAGAAUCUGUUCCCUGGUGUGGAUCCAGCGGCACUGUCCAAGUUUGAGGAACUACAGAAACAACUUGAGGAACAUAAACGAAGUAUGACAUCCUCAGCCCAAAACCCAGAAGCACAGUCACAGAUACAGAACUUGUCGUCCUUGCUUAAUCAAGCUCAAAACACAUUUAGUCAGGCUCAGUCUCGUCAACAAAAUCCACCCGCUGCAAAACCAGUUGAAAAGGCCCCAGAGCCAAACAGGUCAUUAUCUGGAUUUGGUUCUUUGGAAGAUGAAGAUCUUUUCUUGUAUGGCGAUGGAGUUGAGGAAAAACCAAAGGAAAAAGAGAAGUUGACAUCUGGAAAAUUGCAACCAUCUGGUAGAUUGUCCCGUAGCUCUGAACCUCAAAAGACUGCAAAACUACCAAAAGUCCAAUCAGUGCAGCCAGAGCCAAAAGUGGAAGCCCCAAGUGAUGAUCAGAUUAAGAACAUUCUGUCAGCCAUAGGGUUUGAUUUUGGCCUUGCACAGAAGAUCAAGGAACAGAAAGAACAACAGGAGCAAGGCAAACCAAAUAAAACUAAGUUGAGUAAGCCAGAAACUCAACCAAAACAAAAGAUUCCUCAAGUGCCCACCGAAAAGAAAGUGUUGACACCUGUGGAAAAGACUGCUGCACCUCUGACUGAAGAAUCCCUAAACGUAGGAUUCAAUGAGACAGCCUCUUUCUUAGACAGUGGCAUAAAAAUGAAGACAGACCAAGAAUUGAAUGACUUUAUACAAAAUGCAAAGAGUAAUGUAUCAAAACAUCGACAAGACUCAAAAACGAAGGAUAAGGCUUCAAACUCGUCCAGGUCACGAUCAGAAAAGAGACAGGAGAAACCCAAAUCAAAGGAGAAAGAAAAAAUCCAGCCUCCCAUCGUAACUAAUAUCAGCAGCCAGGCACAAAGUGUGAGAGCAACAGAAAAUAAAUAUGUUACAGAAAAGGUGGAAACUCCAAACCAGGAUGCUUUUGGCCAGUAUCCACCAAGAGAGGUCGUACAGCCAAGAGAGGUCGUACAGCCAAGAGAGGUCGUACAGCCAAGAGAGGUCGUACAGCCAAGAGAGGUCGUACAGCCAAUACAGGUCGUACAGCCACCGCCAUCUGAUAGAUCUUAUCAGACACAGGAAGUAAAAUACCAAGAAAGCACUGGGUAUAAUCAGCCUUACCAACAAGCGGCACCUCCCAUACAGCAGACAUAUUAUCCUCCUCAGCCUGUUCCCAUGCAGUAUCCUCCCAAGCCUGCUCCUCAGUAUGCUCCCAUUGAACAGACUGUGCAGUUUGUGAGUACCAAAGAUCCCUUUCCUGUAGCAGCUCCUGUUGCUGUUCAAAAUACUCAAAGUUUUCAACCAGAAAAUAUCUUCAUUUCUGUAAACACGGCAGGUGACUCUGGGUCCAAUCGGGUUGUUCUGCUCCCAAACUCAGAACAAGCAUUUCUUGACGAACGACAGAAGAGAAUACUUGAGAUUGAGCGACGCUACCAAGGACUGACAAAUCCAGAGGAGCUGCUGAAGCCAUUGGAAACAGAAAGAGAGAAAGAACGGCGUCUACGCCGUGAAGCUGAAGAGCUAAUUGAGAAUGAGAAGAUACGCAGGAGGGAAGAACGCAAGCGUAAAGAAGAAGAAGAACGCAGGAAAAAGGAAGAUGAACGCAAGAAAAAGGAAGAAGAAGAAAGGGAAGAGAGAAGGAAAAGAGAAGCAAGAAAAGAAAGAGAGAAAGAAUUGGAAAAAGAGAGGGAACGGGAAGAAAAAGCGAGAUUUGAGAGUCUACCUUACCAAACAAGGAUAGAUAUUCUAGAAACAGAGCUUGAAAAGCUGUGCAAACAGCAUGGAGAAAUAUCACGACAGAGGCGGCAGAAGGAUGGGCAGAAAGAAGCUUCCUUACUUCAAAACAAAGAAAGCCAAGAUGACAUAGCUAAUCAGUUGAGACAACUUCGAAGGAAAAUGAACCAAGAACGAGAAGAAGCAAAGAAUAAACGAGUUGAUGAAAGCAAGAAAAGGAGUCGCAGUAGAUCAAAGGAAAGGGUAUCUUCUAAGGAGAGACCCAGAAGCUUCAAGGAAAUUGACUACUCUGAAUCAAGAGACUCAAAGGAGCGAAGGCUUUCCAAGGACUCUGUGAAGGACUCCAUCAAGGACACUGUGAAGGAACCUGUGAAGGAACCUGUGAAGGAACCUGUGAAGGAACCUGUGAAGGAACCUGUGAAGGAACCUGUGAAGGGUUUUCAGAUUCAAGCAGUCAAGGAGACUGUUAAAUCAAAGUGGGAUGCCAAGGAAAAGAAACUACAGGCCAGUUUUCAAAAGCCCGUGGAGGAGAAGGCUGAGAAAUCACUGCGUUUUGAGUUCAACUAUUACGAUCCGGGAAACCACUGGUGCAAGAACUGUGACAUGCACGCUGAUAACCUGAACAACUACUUCAUUCAUUUACACUCCAAGAAACACAUACAGAAAUGUGACCCAUAUGAUCGACCUUGGAUGACAGAAACGCUGAUGAAAACAAAGAAGCCAGCAGGAAACACUAUUGAUGCUCCAAUCAGAGGCACUGAGUUUGUGAUGCCAGUGAACGGGUUUUUCUGCCGUCUCUGCAAAGCCUUCUUUGGUGAUGGGGUGUGUGCUACAGAGCAUGUGAAGAGCUCAGAGCACAACAAAACCUACGAGAAAUACAUCGAGGAAAACAACUACUACGAGAGGAAGCUCAAAAUUGACAAAGCAGCAGCCCGAGCACAGCAGAUGGAAGUUGCGAUGCGCAAGGAGAGAGAAUUGAAACGCAAGCAGGGAGAAGAUGUGGAGGAGGAUGAAGACAUGUCAAAGAAACAGAAGGUAGAAGAAAUCAAAAUGGUUGACACUAAAGGACAAAGAGGGUUUGGGGUCUUUGACUUCAACAAGAAGGAUGAAGAAAACAUUGAAAAAAGCACCAGUGCCGUAGACACUCCACCUGAGGGUAAAACUGAAAAGUUGCCGUCUGAAGUUGUCCCUAAGCCUGAGAAACCCGUUGCUGCUGAAACAGAAACUGCUAAGCCCACCCUUAGUGAAACUCUCCCUGCUGAACGUACAGCUGCUGAAAAGAAAGCAGCCCUUGCAGCCAAACUCGCACCUAUGGUUGGCAGAAUGAGAGGUCCGAGUAAGUUUACUCUCCGAAAAACAGGAACAGUGAAGAUACCAGUCGCUAGUAAACUAACGACACAGAAUCUCUUUCCCGGUACUUCUAAGAAGUUAUUGACCUUUGACACACUUCCUGUCGUAAAGGAUAAGGAAGAGGAGAGUAAAAAGACUGCAGUAACUCGCAAGUUAACACCAUUGGAUAUUGCUGAUGCCUUUGGAGGCAAAAACGUAGACAAUGGUGAUCAAGAAGACGCCAAGAAACAGCAGGCUCAAGUGAAACAAGCCCCUCCAAGUAAUGUGCAGGUCAAAGUUGGAAAACCAAAAGAGAGUGAUGUGUUUGGCCCCGCCCUGCCACCCCACCCUGUUCUGCCGCCAAAGGCCGUUCUGCCAACAAAGACUGCUUUGCCCCCCAAGGCUGCUCUGCCGCCGCCCCAGCCCGUUAAGCGUCCGCCCCAGUCCGUUAAGCCUCCGCCCCCGCCCGUUAAGCCUCAGCCCCCGGCCGUUAAGCCUCAGCCCCCGGCCAUUAAGCCUCCACCCCCGCCCAUUCUGCCGCCCCACCCAGUUUCACUUGAGGACAUGGAUGAAGAGGAUGUAUGUGUACCUGGUAUGGAUGAUAUCUAUUCCUUACCCAGUUUGCUUCCCAAGCCAAAAGCCCCUCCUCCCGUCUCGGCCAUUGCUAGUGCACCUGCCACCACCACUAUGGCUUCUGCUUCAUCAACAGCAAGUAACUUAUAUAACAUUUUCUAUACAUCUGGUCAUUAGAGAUGCAAAAGUUGUAUCAGAAUUGGAUGGAUUUGAUAUCUGAGAGGUUGUCUUGUCUUGGGCAAUGCGGUACAAGGGUUUUCCCUGAGCGGCCCAAGUAAAUCACACAACCCUUUGUAAAUAUAAAAACUUUCUGCUACUGUAAAUUUUUAAUCUUAGUUCUGCAUUUCUGGAGAUUCUUAAUACAGUGGACCAGUAAGAUUUUGCCCAAGGAAAUUUUGGGGUGUCAAUCAUCUCUUGUCAGUACACACAGAGUUUUUGUUUGUUAGACAAGGCAGUAUUUUCUAAGUUCAUGAAAAGGUCGACUCUGAAAGGGAAAUUUAAAUUUGUUUUGGGACAUUUUAAAGAUUGCAAAGUGGGCUUUUGCCUCCCUGUAGUACCGGGUCUAAAAAUGUUAAAUCAUGUUCAUCUUUGAAGAAUGAAGAUGGUUGCCCAGUUAGUGUAUAGUUUACAGUGAAAUUUAUAGACAUUCUUGUAAAAUGCAAAACUCAAAGUUACUGCAAAACACUUCUGAAAAAUCCCUCCUGAGGUCAAACUCUUCAAAGUACACUCUGUUCUGAAUCGUCCAGCUUUUUGCUGCUGUUUUAAUAAUUGUUUUUUAUUCAAAGUUUUACCUAAUUCUUCAGACACAUCAUGAGUGACUGGUAAUUUUAUCAAUUUUGCCGAAGAUUAAAGGCAAGCUGAUGCUUUUUUCCUACAAGUUUUGUUUUUACAACGACAAUACCAUAAUCAUACAGUCAUGGGCUGUGUAUUUUUUGUAUGGGAGUUUGCCAAUCACAAGGUUGUAAAAACAGGCCACCUUAAGGUGAUGGGUAAAAGUGUGAAAAGGGUAUAACAAAUACGGAAAUGAAGGAAAAGCCUACAAAUGAUAGAUAUUUGGAUUGCAGUAACACCAUGUAUCUACUUGCUGGGUAGAUUAUGUUCUUUUGAGAACUGUCUUGCUUUAUAUUCUACUA